AAUCCUACAGGAGAAAUUAGACCAGCCUGUCUCUGCUCCACCAUCACCUAGAGAUAUCUCCAUGGAGAUCGAUUCUCCAGAAAACAUGAUGCGCCACAUCAGGUUUUUAAAGAAUGAAGUCGAGCGGCUGAAGAAGCAACUUAGAGCUGCUCAGUUACAGCAUUCAGAGAAAAUGGCACAGUACCUGGAGGAGGAACGUCACAUGAGGGAAGAGAACUUGAGGCUGCAGAGGAAGCUUCAGAGAGAGAUGGAGAGAAGAGAAGCCCUCUGUCGCCAGCUCUCAGAGAGCGAGUCCAGCCUAGAGAUGGAUGACGAGAGGUAUUUCAAUGAAAUGUCUGCACAAGGACUAAGACCUCGCACUGUGUCCAGCCCAAUCCCUUACACACCUUCUCCGAGUUCAAGCAGGCCUAUAUCACCCGGUCUAUCAUAUGCAAGUCACACAGUUGGUUUCACACCACCGACUUCACUGACUAGAGCCGGAAUGUCUUACUACAAUUCCCCUGGCCUUCACGUGCAGCACAUGGGAACACCCCAUGGUGUCACAAGGCCUUCACCACGGAGAAGCAACAGUCCUGACAAGUUCAAACGGCCCACGCCACCUCCAUCUCCCAACACACAGACCCCAGUGCAGCCGCCUCCGCCUCCGCCUCCGCCACCCAUGCAGCCUGCCAUCCCGUCGGCCGCCACCUCGCAGCCUGCCCCCUCGCAACAUUCGGUGCACCCCGCCUCCCAGCCUUAAUGCAUGUGUUUAGUCUGAAUUUCAAAUUGGGACUCGUCCAAUGGAGCCGUCUGUCUACUCAACGCCAAAGGCUUCCUCCCCUGGCAUAUUCGGAUCUGACUUAUUUGCACUGAGGUUAUCUAGGCUUCACUACCCAUCAUGUUGUAAAUGUUUGUCGGAAAUGCAGCCAGUGUUGUGGGUCUACAACACUAACAAGACGACUUUUUCCAUCAGUAUUUUACUUGAAUCUACAUGUACGUCCAUUCCCUGGCUGGAACCUUUGCUAUUCCGUAUUUGGUAAUUCAGCAGCAGUGCGCAAUUUUUGCUUGGCCCCAGAGCUUCAUUUUCCUGGCUUUUAAGUUUGUAAAAGAAAAAGGGAUAUCUUUUUAUAUUUUUUUUUCAUGAAUUUGCCGAAAAUUACUGAGCUGUUAUUACCUUUCUUCUCCCAUUAUAACGGUGUUUACCCAACAUACCAAUAAUUCAGCACUACAAUUCAGAUCUUUGAAAAUCUAGCUUUCAGUAUAGAAUGGGAAGUUAGAUGAAUCAGUGCCCAAGAUGCAUAUUCUGUUUAAUAGAGCUUUCUACAGAUACACUUUUUACAGGUUAUUUUCAGUAUAUGUCAACAUCCAUGUCUCUUGUAAAAAAGACAGCCUAAAGUAAUGAAUCACAUGGCUGUACCUUUUCCACUUACAUGGGAUGGAUAAUUAUUGUAUAUUAAGAUGUGAUUCUUUCCUUUAUCCUUUAUGUUAAUCUUCCUAAACUGGCUCCUUAACAUGAGUUGAUAAAUCUUGUCCUACCCACCAGUGGUUUUAAUGGCUGAUCAGAAUGUACUGUUUGAUUUCUGCUACAGAAGGCAGUGUGAUUGUAACAAAAACAGUGUGAUUCGCCCUUCCAUUCUUUAUUUUUUGUUCUCCAGAAAUGGAACAAAUUUUUAAAGGUGCAAAGUAUUAUUAGAAAAUAUUAUUUGAAAUGGACAUUGUAGGAGUAUCUUGGCAUAAUGGCCACAAAAUACUAUAUUGCUUGGCAGAAAGGAAAAGAAGUGUAGAGGAAAGUAGCACAGUACUAUUGAUGGUUGCUUAUUUUGCCCAGUAUAAGCAAGUGCAGUGUACAAAGAAGUAUAUUCUGAAUACAUUAUUUUCAUUUACUCAGCACAAAUAAAUUGUUUGGUUUCACUUUGAA